GCCACCGUCGCCGCCAUUUUGACGGCUGGAAGAGUCAGGGUCUGUACUGCUGGAGGCGGCGCGGCGGUGGAGACUGGAAUAACUUUUCAAAAGGAAAGCUAUUUUUCGUCUGCCCUCUCCGGUAGAAAUGGCCAAUGUACUCUGUAAUAGAGCCAGACUGGUUUCCUAUCUCCCAGGAUUUUGCUCUUUAGUUAAAAGGGUUGUCAAUCCCAAAGCCUUUUCAACUGCAGGAUCGUCAGGUUCUGAUGAGUCUCACGUGGCCACUGCACCUCCAGAUAUAUGCUCUCGAACAGUUUGGCCUGAUGAAACUAUGGGACCCUUUGGACCUCAGGAUCAGAGAUUCCAGCUCCCUGGGAACAUAGGUUUUGAUUGCCACCUCAAUGGAACUGCAUCACAGAAAAAAAUCCAGGGCCAUAAAACUUUACCUGAUGUUCUAGCAGAACCCCUAUCAAGUGAAAGACAUGAGUUUGUAAUGGCACAAUAUGUAAAUGAAUUUCAGAAUAAUGAUGCACCUAUUGAACAAGAAAUCAACAGUGCAGAAACUUAUUUUGAAAGUGCCAAAGUAGAGUGUGCAAUCCAAGCUUGUCCAGAAUUGCUACGAAAAGAUUUUGAAUCACUGUUUCCAGAAGUGGCCACCAACAAACUGAUGAUUCUAACAGUAACACAAAAAACUAAGAAUGACAUGACUGCUUGGAGUGAGGAAGUGGAAAAUGAAAGAGAGCUGCUCCUAGAAAAGUUCAUCAGUGGUGCUAAGGAAAUCUGCUAUGCUCUUCGAGCAGAAGGCUAUUGGGCUGACUUUAUUGACCCAUCAUCUGGUUUAGCAUUUUUUGGACCAUAUACAAACAACACUCUUUUUGAAACAGAUGAACGCUACCGACAUUUAGGAUUCUUUGUUGAUGAUCUUGGCUGCUGUAAAGUGAUUCGUCAUAGUCUCUGGGGUACCCAUGUGUUUGUAGGAAGUAUCUUCACUAAUGCAACACCAGACAGCCAUAUUAUGAAGAAAUUAAGUGGAAACUCACAGUAAUGUCAAUUUAUUUGCUGUACUAUUUGUACAUAACAUCUGGGUUGAUCUAUAAACAUUUGUCAAAGACUUCAAUUUUUAAAAUUAUUUCUAGAUAUUUAUUUCAACAUUUACAAAUUUACAACAUUGGUAAGUGGUUAGUGAUUUUUAAAUCUCAAAUGGUCAUUUAUGUUACUGUCAAAUAUGCAUUGAACCAAUAUAUAUUGUACAGAAAAAAGUAAUCAACAUGUAACCAGGGUUUGAUCUCAUACUGUUAUUUUUCCCCUUUUAUGGAAAAAACUUAGUUUUAAGUUCCCCAAAAAUAAAUCACAUUUGGUCAUGAUGAUA